AACCCUCUAAAGUAAAAGUAAAAAAGAUCACAUCUUUAGCUUCCUUUCACCAAAAAGAACAUAUUCUUGAUACUACCAUUAAUGGCUGCUGCUGUUCCAGUUCAAAGGGUACAAAGAAAUGAAGGUUUACCCACUACUACUUCAGUUGUUCCUCAAAAGAAAUUGUCUAAUUGGUUGCCUUUGUUGGUUGGUCUUGUGGUUUUAGUGGAAAUUGCUUUUCUGGGUCGACUAGAUAUGGCUGAAAAAGCUAAUCUGGUUAACUCGUGGGCUGAUUCAUUUUACAAGUUUACGACAUCAACUGCUAAAGUGAGUAGUAUUAGUAGUAAUGGUGAUGAUGACCCUACUGGGUUGGUUGACUUGAGUGAUGAGGUUGAUCAAGAUUUGGUACCUGGGAGCUGUGAGGAAUGGCUGCAAAGGGAGGAUUCCAUGGAAUAUUCUAGAGAUUUUGACAAAGAUCCAAUUUUUGUUCAUGGUGGAGAUAAGGAUUGGAAGUCCUGUGCUGUGGGAUGCAAGUUUGGAGGGGAUUCUGAUAAGAAGCCUGAUGCAGCAUUUGGAACAACACAACAGGCUGGCACAGCUGGCGUGCUUCGGUCAAUGGAGUCAGCUCAAUACUAUCCUGAAAACGAUGUUGUUAUGGCACGACGAAGGGGAUAUGAUAUUAUAAUGACAACAAGCCUCUCUUCAGAUGUUCCUGUUGGGUACUUCUCUUGGGCCGAGUAUGAUAUAAUGGCUCCAGUGCAACCUAAAACCGAGAAUGCGUUAGCAGCUGCUUUUAUUUCUAAUUGCGGUGCUCGCAACUUCCGGUUGCAAGCUCUUGAAGUGCUUGAAAGAGAAAAGAUCAAGAUUGAUUCUUUUGGCAGUUGUCAUCAUAACCGGGAUGGAAAUGUUGACAAAGUGGAAACUCUCAAGCGCUUUAAAUUUAGCUUCGCUUUUGAGAAUUCUAAUGAGGAGGAUUAUGUCACUGAAAAAUUCUUCCAGUCUCUGGUUGCUGGAUCAAUCCCUGUGGUGAUUGGUGCUCCAAACAUCCAAGAGUUUGCUCCUUCUAAUAAUUCACUUUUACACAUUAAAGAGCUGAAAGAUGCUGAAACCGUUGCCAAUACUAUGAAGUACCUUGCAGCAAAUCCUAGUGCAUAUAAUGAGUUGUUAAGGUGGAAAGUUGAGGGCCCAUCUGAUUCUUUCAAAGCCCUGGUUGACAUGGCAGCAGUUCACUCUUCGUGUCGUUUGUGUAUCUUCUUAGCAACAAGUAUUCGGGAGAGAGAAGAGCAGAAUCCAAAAUUUAAGAAACGUCCCUGCAAAUGUACCAGAGAUUCAGAAACUGUAUAUCAUGUAUAUGUACGUGAAAGAGGGAGGUUUGAGAUGGAGUCCAUUUUCCUAAGGUCAUCUAAUUUGUCGUUGGAGGCUUUUGAAUCUGCAGUAGUGUCAAAGUUCGAAUCUCUAAAGCAUGUUCCUAUUUGGAAAGAAGAAAGACCUCAUAUACUACGUGGAGGAGAUGAACUAAAACUCUACAGAUUACAUCCUCUUGGCAUGACACAACGACAAGCAUUGUACAACUUCACAUUCAAGGGAGACACUGAUUUUAGGGAUCACAUCGAAAGCCUCCCAUGUGCAAAGUUUGAAGCCAUAUUUGUUUAAGAUCAUGUGAAAAAACAGCGAAUCUCGACAGCAGCUUGUUGUAAGCUAAUAGCGUAAUGCUCAUUAUCCUUACAACCUACCCCAUUGUCUACGUCAUUCUGGUUACGAAUUUUUGCAGUGUAAAAUGUUAUCCUGUUGAGUAAGGAUUUGAUUAUUACAAGGAGGCAGUCUAAUUUUUGGUGGAAAAUUCUCACUUUUUACAUUUUCAAGGAAAAAGAAAGGGAGAAAGCUACAAACAUUAAACCUUGAAU